UCGGUCAAAUUAAACAAGAAGAGCGGCAGAGCACCCAGCGUCCUCCACCGACAAUCCGGCCCACCGCGGCACAAGAACCCCCCAACCAUCACCACUCGAUCUCCAACGCCCCCCUCCCGCGCCGGUGGCAGCGACCGGCCCCCGCCGGCGCUCCGGCCAGGCGGCACCCACCUCACGCUUCCCUCCGCCUCCAGCUCCGUCCCCGGCCGCCGCCGCCACCUCUCCCCGCCCCCGCCCCGGCCGUCCCGUCGUCAGCGGAGCAGAUUUUUUUUUUAAAAAAACCCUGUCCGUACCGAUGAUAUUUUACUUGUCACCGCCCUACCCUCGCUAGAAACCUUUCUUUUUCUGCCGUCACAUCACCUUUCACUGCACACUGUCUCCCCCAAUUCACUAGCAGCCCUGCACUGUGCCGCGGCGCCCCCUCCAACCUCGCCGCCAAUUAAUACUCACCCCCACCCUCGCAUCCGGCCCUCCCCCUCCUCCUCCCCAAGCUCGCACGCCGUGAGCGAGCCAGCAGCGAGCGAGCUCGAUCCGCCGUCUGCCCCGCGUGCGGUCUCUCCGGCGAUCUUGGAGGCGGCGCUAGCUAGCUGCUCCGGGCUGGCUGGCUGGCCGGCCGGCCGGGGGCUCUCGAAGGAGACGAGGGCGCGAGCCAAGUGAAGUGAGGCGAGAUGGACCUGGUGCCGCACCCGGACAGCCCGCACUCCGACAACAGCGGCGGCGGCGGCGGGGCCUCGGCGGCCGGGGCGCUGUCGCCGGUGGCGUCGUCAGCGGGCGCGGCGUCGGCGCUGGCGUCGCCGAGCCGGUACGAGUCGCAGAAGCGCCGGGACUGGAACACGUUCGGGCAGUACCUGCGGAACCACCGCCCGCCGCUGUCCCUGGCGCGGUGCAGCGGCGCGCACGUGCUCGAGUUCCUGCGCUACCUCGACCAGUUCGGCAAGACCAAGGUGCACACCCCGGCCUGCCCCUUCUUCGGCCACCCGGCGCCGCCGGCGCCCUGCCCGUGCCCGCUCCGCCAGGCCUGGGGCAGCCUCGACGCGCUCGUCGGCAGGCUGCGCGCCGCCUACGAGGAGAACGGCGGCCGGCCCGAGAACAACCCCUUCGGAGCGCGCGCCGUCAGGCUCUACCUCCGGGAGGUCCGGGACCACCAGUCCCGCGCGCGCGGCGUCAGCUACGAGAAGAAGAAGCGCAAGAAGGCCCCGGCGCACCCCAUCCCCGCCGCCGUCAUCUCCUCCUCCUCCUCCCACGACGGCAACGGCCACUCCCACCACUACGAGCACCAGAUGCCGCCGCCUCCGCCGCCCGGCGCCGCGGCCUGACCGCCCUCGACCGAGAAACGCCGGAGCUGCUCGCGCGGCCGCGCCCGCCCCCCAUGUAUGCUACCGCAUGCGCUACUCGAUCGUCUUCCUGCUCGGUCUCUCGCUCUCUAGGUAGCCGAAGCUUCUCAUCUACUAUUACCAUCGCCU